ACAAGAUACAACAUACCAUUACAAGGUAAAAUAUUUAUAAUUGUUCAUAUGUAGAAUAACUAUCUUAAAAUUUGUGUUAAGGUUGUUGGAUUGAAUCUGCAUUAAUGCGUUUACUGCUAUUUGGCGUUCCAUUAGCCAUCAUUCUAAUUAUUAAUUUUAUAUUUUAUGCACUAACAGUGAGAAAUAUUCGUCGUAAUUUAAAAAAGGUGCGAGUACAAGUACAACGAAAAUUCAAAAAUAAAAAACAAAUUGUACCCGGUGAACAUGAUGUUAAGAUCUAUACUCGCAUGAUGGCUAUUACUGGAUUCGGUUGGACAAUCGGAUUUAUAAAUUGGGCCCUACCCGAUAAUCAAAAAGGUUUUAUUGACAUGUUAUCAGUCAUAUUUCAAUAUUUGUAUAUCUUGUUAAAUGCGACAACGGGUAUAUUUAUAUUUGCCGUAUUCACAACAACAAGAUAA